AUAACAACCCCCAGGGGACAAUACGUGCCAUUACUCCAACCGCACGAAAAUGGAGAGAAAUAGAGAGAUGGCUGCACCAAAGGAACUAAUUGAAGCAUUUCCAAUGAAAAGUGGAGAUGGUCCCAACAGCUAUGCCAAGAACUCCACUUACCAGAGACAACUAGUGGAUGCUGGCAAAGAAAUUCUAAGCAAGACAAUUGCGGAAAAGCUCGACGUAGAAAUCUUGUUAUCUUCCAAUAGUACCUUUCGCGUUGCGGAUCUUGGUUGCUCUGUCGGUCCUAAUACAUUUUCCGCGGUUGAAAACAUACUUGAAGCUGUAGAGUUGAAGUAUCAAAGCCGAGGGCUGAGUUCUCAAAUCCCUGCUGGAUUUCAAGUCUUCUUCAAUGAUCACACCUCGAAUGAUUUUAACAUGCUAUUCCGCUCCCUCCCACCAAACAGGCGGUACUGUGCAGCGGGCGUACCUGGUUCUUUCCACGGUCGCCUAUUUCCUAACGCUUCGAUUCACUUUUUCCACUCUUCUUUUACCAUUCAUUGGAUGUCUAGAGUGCCGAAAGAGGUUGCAGACAAGAACUCCCCUGCUUGGAAUAAAGGACGAAUCCAUUACCUAAAUUCCACGGACGAAGUAGUAAGGGCUUACGAAGCUCAACAUGCCGAGGACAUGGAGUGCUUCCUCCAUGCCAGGGCACAAGAGAUUGUGCAUGGAGGACUGAUGGCACUUACCAUUCCAGGCCUCCCUAGCCUCCCUCACGAAACCUCUUAUCCUCGUGCAGCGCGAAACGGGACUCAUCAACUAGUAGAAUCUUGUCUUAUGGAGAUGGUUCGAAAGGGCAUGGUUAGCGAAGAGAAAGUAGAUUCGUUCAACGUGCCGAUAUAUUAUAUGUCUCUGGAAGAAUUGGAAGCUGCUGUAGAACUCAACGGAUGCUUUAACGUGGAGAGAAUCGAAAAUCUGCCAUUUCCACAAGGCAGUGGCUCCAUUGGCAAACUAUUCAUAUCUCACAUCAGAGCUGCCAUAGAAGGGCUUAUCAAGCAGCACUUUGGCCAUGAGAUUUUAGACGAGCUCUUCGACUUGUGUUGCAAGAAAUUCGAAGAGCAACACCUCGAGUAUGCGUUAGGGAGGCCGAUUAUCUAUCUUGCUGUGCUUAAACGCAAGGCAAAUUGAUCGUUACGGUGUCUCCUCCUCGCCAUCACCAGCCCUCCUCUCUCUUUCUUCAAACCCCCACACCAGAUUAGUUAUCAUGGUCGUCGACUCGUCACCGUAGAGAAUAAACGCUGAUUCUUCCAACUUGUAGUAAUUAUCGGUCAAGAAAUUGAAUUAAACCUAUCAAACAGAAUUGGAGUCAAAGAAUCACAUUUGGUUUAA